AUGGAGUCUUCCGUCGCUCCGCUUCCUCAGAGACGGUCGCAUCGAAGUUAUCGAGCAGUGCUUAAUCACCUGUGCUCGAGUUUCGAGAAUAGCCAAAUAUCUCUCGCCACACCGGCUGUUCUCCAGGGCCUCCUCCUCUCUAGAACAACAGAAAUCCCUAAAGUAUCUCCGCUUCCCGAGAGUUCACUGAUCCUUGAGCCAACAUCCUCCUCCCAUGGAGUUUCAAACGUAGAAAUGGUUUCACUGCAAAAUAAUCUUAUGCUUAUAGGAGGAGAUGAUGUUUUCGACGGAAUUGAGUUGCAAGAUGAUGAUGAUGCUUCUGUUGUUCGUAGCCAACACAAGGAUUUUUUCGAUGAGUUUGAGCUCAUCAUUAAUGGCAAUGCAGACUUUGCUCCUCAGAAUACUCUCUGUGAGGCAUUGGAUGUGAAUGACUAUGAUGAUGAUGGUAUGUCCAAACAAGCCAUUCAUCUCCUUCCUAUUGUUGUAGAGAAGCCUAGUGUUGCAGUUGAUGAAUUAAAGGUAGAUUUGGUAGAAGAUGACGAGAAGAUGGUUUCUGGAAUUGUUAGGAGUAAGGCAGAGGAACUUCCCAAAUUAGUUGAAUUCUUGGAGACUAGUAAUGAUCAAGAGAUGCGACCUGUUACUACUACUACUACUAGUCAGCUUUUGACAGAUUCCAUUCUUCAGAUGGUUCAUGAUGAUGAUGAUGAUGUUGAAGAAGGAGAGAUAUCUGGUGGGGAUGAUGAUGGUGGUGAUAAUAUGCUUUUAGGAGAUGGUUUUCCAGUGGAGAGGCAGGAGGAGGAAACGCAUGUCUCACAAGAGGUAUUGAAUAAAAGAAGACAAGGGACUACUUGUUCUGGUUUUGAGGUACAAAAUGGUGAAAAGAAGAAUGUUCUAACUUCCGAAAACCAAGAACAGAUGGCUUCUCAAACUUCAAUUAAGAAAAAAUCUGUGCCUUCUAAAGAAGCAAAAGCUAGAAAGAAGGCAAAAGCUCGGAAGAAAAGAGCUCAGGAGCGUAUAGCACUUGGUGUGAAGAAGUUGAAACUCAAAACAGUUGCGCCCAAACCUAUACCUAUCAAAUACUGUCGACACUAUCUCAAGGGACGCUGCUUUGAGGGAAAAGACUGCAAAUUUUCACACGAUACAAUUCCGGAAACCAAAUCUUUGCCGUGCUGCUACUUUGCAACUCAGUCAUGUAUGAAAGGAGAUGAUUGUCCGUACGACCAUGAUCUGUCCAAAUACCCUUGCAAAAAUUUCAUGACCAAUGGUUUCUGCCACAGGGGUGAUAAGUGUCUGUUUUCCCACAAGGGUACUCCACAAGCUGCUUCAGAUCCACCGGGUGUGAAUGUAACAACCUCAUCAAGUAACAUAGCUGCAGCAUCUCUCUCGCCUCAGAAAUCAAACAAACAAACCGUGAGACAGGCGAUAGCCAGAUUACCGGCGAUUCAAGCAAGAGUUUCAAGCUCAGCUGCGUUUUUGUAUCCCUCUAAUCAAAAAAGCUCAACUGAUGCAUCAUCAUCUUCAAAGCUCAAUGAACAUGCAACACCUCCUCCUUUGAGAAAGCCAUCUGUUACUCCAAAGGGUAUGAGUUUUCUCUCUUUAGACAAACCCGCAAAAGAAGAGGAGGUUACCGUCAUCAAACCUUCUGAUCUUGGGUCCCAGCGAAACACACAGAACUCUGAUUUUCUGAGCUUGAAGCAGUCGCAACAGAGUAUCUCCUCCGUGCCUCUGGUGGCUCCAAAAGGAAUCAGUUUCCUAUCAUCUGCAUCGGAAGAACCAGCAAGUAGUAGAAAUCUCAAGACAACGCCUAACUUACACAUUCAAAGUUCUCUACACUCUGCCAUGAAACUCGCUGCAGGAUUCGAAUCAAUUAAAGUUGAGAGACGUGCAAAUGGUCCCGGAGAAGCUGUUGUAAACAAGGGGGAGAACAACGUUGCAGUUAACACGAGCGUAACCAGAAACUCAGGGAACAUAUCGUCAAAGAUCCUCGACUUCUUGUCUAGCUUCAGCCACGGCAAAAACUGAUUCUUUAUUUAUUUGGUUUCUCUUUGAGAUGAAAGAAAGAAAGAAAAAGCUAAACUCAGUGUCCAGUGCACUCAGGUAAUGUAAUUUUGUUCCAGCUUAAUACUAAAAUUAUAAGAUCUUUAUGUUUCUUGCUAACCACCUUUAGACUUCAUAUUUUCUCAAGGUUUGAAGCUGAAUCAUGCGCAGUAGUGUUUAUUUUAUGAAAUAUAUUUUGCUAUUGAUGAUGAUCAGUAAUAUACACGUUACAAUAAUUC